AUGUUGCAUUCAACGCGUCAAGUUUUGAGGUUAUGUCGGAGACAAUUAAGUUUACAAAAUAGGUGUUUCAACCAAGUGCGUACAUCAACUGACGCCGUUAGUAUAGAAAAGGAUAAAAAACAAAACAAUAGCAAAGAUUUCUCAGCAUUAUUAGAUAAAUACAAUGACAAAAUCAAAUUUAACUCAUACUUAGAACACGAAAAGUUAGAUUUAGGUUAUUACAAGUACUACAUCAAGAGUUUGAAAAAGAGAAAGAUUGCAUUGCAAAACGAAUACAAAGAGAAAAGUUUACCACCGCUGCCGAUCUCAUUACGAUACUACGUUGAUGAAGAGAGAUUGCUCAAAGAAGAAAAUGCCGUUGAAUAUGUUGAAGAACCCAAUGAGUUUCAAUUGCCAUUUAGCAGCCCUACAAAAGUGGAUUACGACAAAAACGAGCCACCCAAGCUAAAUACGAAUGUUGAUUCAGACACAAGUGUCGAUUUCAAUCGUUCCAACAUACAAAAAUGGAUGACCAACUAUGAACACUUUGAUGACAGUAAAAUCCCAUCUGAUGUUGAUACUGAUGAUGAAUCAGAUACAAGCUGGUCAAAAUACUAUGGUACUGCAGACCCUAAUUCAUAUGUGAGCCGAGUGCCUUGCGGUGGAUGUGGUGCACUACUGCACUGCAGCGAUCCUUCUAUUCCAGGCUACUUGCCGAGUGAGAUUUUCAAAAACAGAGUCGAGAGUGAAUUAAAGACAAUUGAAUGUCAGCGAUGUCACUUCCUCAAAGAAUAUAAUGUAGCCCUGGAUGUAAGAGUACAGCCUGAAGAAUAUGAAAAGCUACUGCAAUCCAUCAGACAUAUCAAAUCUCUAGUGGUCCUCAUAGUGGACCUGCUGGACUUCCCCUGUUCGAUAUGGCCAGGGAUUGUGGAUAUUAUAGGAACUGACAGACCCAUCAUAAUUGUUGGCAAUAAGGUUGACCUGCUACCUGGUGACAGUGUUGGUUACUUGAAGCGUAUAAAAGAAAGCCUAAGCACAGAACUAAAAAAGACUAGACUAGGAGAGGCCAAUAUAAAACACAUUUCUCUAAUAUCUGCCAAAACUGGAUAUGGUGUUGAGGACCUUAUCUCUGCUCUCUUCAAGUUGUGGCUGUACAAGGGUGACGUGUUCCUCGUUGGGUGCACUAAUGUUGGCAAAAGUUCACUGUUCAAUGCCCUGUUACAAUCAGACUACUGCAAAGUACAUGCAAUAGACAUUAUCAAAAGAGCAACGGUCAGCCGUUGGCCAGGUACUACUCUCAAUCUGCUCAAAUUCCCUAUAAAUAGGCCUUCAGGAUGGAAAAUAUAUCAGAGAUCCAAAAGACUAAAUUCAGAACGUAAGCUCAUGAAAAUUGAAAAAGAAAUUAGAAACUCUCAAUUGCAGGGGAAGGCGCCAAUUGAAGCACCUGCAUUAAUCGGUCAUAUUGGCAGAUCUUUCACAGAUUUAGAAGAGACUCACGAAGUGGGCCAGCAGAAGCAAUUGGUAUUUAAUGAGAGGAACCCAAUAUUUGCUAGAAGCAAGUGGAUGUACGAUACUCCCGGCGUCAUUCACCCCGACCAGGUGUUGUCGUUACUCAGUACUGAGGAGCUGCUCAUAACCAUUCCUAAACAGAUGAUUAGACCACAAAGUUAUUACUUACAUAAAGGUGAGACAAUUUUCAUUGGUGGUCUGGCAAGAAUUGACUUCGUAGACUGCGCCCUACCCUGUCGUUUCACAGUGUUUUGCUCGGAAAGUUUACCAAUUACAGUGACGCAGACCAAAGAUGCUGAAGAAAUUUAUAAUAAGUUUUUAGGUACAGAGCUAUUGGCUGUGCCCAGUGGAGGUGAAGAGAGAUUAAAAAAUUGGCCAGGGUUGAAGAGGUGUAGUGAUUUGUUGGAGUUCUCUGGAGAGGGGCCAAAACUCUGUUGUGGUGAUAUAGUAUUGUCUUCGGUGGCUUGGGUGGGGGUGACUGCGAAGAAAGACACAGUUUGCAGUGUAUAUGCGUGGACGCCUGAAGGCAGAGGCAUAUACAGGAGGAGCCCUUCAGUGUUGCCAUAUUCAAUUAAUUUGAAGGGAAAAAGGAUCAAUGAUACACCUGCUUACAUGAUAGGCAAUAUUUACUCAGAUAAAGAAUAG